GGAGGGUUAUGGUGAUAAUCAGUCCAUUUUCGUCGGUCUCAGUCAGCCGCUAAGUUUAGCCUCUCUCUGUAAACAAUAAAAAGCCAGUGGCUGGGGUCCCCUUACCUCGGCUACAUCUUGAGCGGAGACCCCAGCAGCAGCAGAGAGUUGAGAGAGAGCUGUCUCAUCCAGCAGUGUCCGCCGUCCUCGGUUGAAGAAGAGAAGAAGAGGAGAGAGGAACCAUGCAGCAGGAACCCUCGGUGGUGGUGAAGAAGAAGAAGAGACCCGUGGUGAAGGAGGAGGACCUCAAGGGGGCGAGGAAUCGCCUCGGAAAGAACGCGGAGCCUCGGCAGAUGACCUACCGAGUGAUGGCCGAGUGCGAGAAAGCUGGGAUGGCCGCACCGUCCGUGUUCAGCGGAGCUCGCACAGGCAAGGAGACGGUGUUCACACCGCCGCCGCCAUCCAGCAGCGACAGCCAGUAGGCCCUCGACCUGACAGCCAAUAGGCCCUUGACCUGACAGCCAGUAGACCCUCGACCUGACAGCCAGUAGGCCCUCCACCCGACAGCCAGUAGGCCCUUGACCUGACAGCCAGUAGACCCUUCACCUGACAGCCAGUAGGCCCUCCACCUGGCAGCCAGUAGGCCCUCCACGUGACAGCCAGUAGGCCCUCCACGUGACAGCCAGUAGGCCCUCCACCUGGCAGCCAGUAGGCCCUCCACGUGACAGCCAGUAGGCCCUCGACCUGACAGCCAGUAGGCCCUCGACCUGACAGCCAGUAGGUCCUCGACCUGACAGCCAGUAGGCCCUCGACCUGACAGCCAGUAGACCCUCGACCUGACAGCCAGUAGGCCCUCGACCUGACAGCCAGUAGGCCCUCCACCUGGCAGCCAGUAGGCCCUCCACGUGACAGCCAGUAGGCCCUCGACCUGACAGCCAGUAGGCCCUCGACCUGACAGCCAGUAGGCCCUCGACCUGACAGCCAGUAGGCCCUCCACGUGACAGCCAGUAGGCCCUCCACCUGACAGCCAGUAGACCCUCGACCUGACAGCCAGUAGGCCCUCGACCUGACAGCCAGUAGGCCCUCGACCUGACAGCCAGUAGGCCCUUCACCUGACAGCCAGUAGGCCCUCCACCUGGCAGCCAGUAGGCCCUCCACCUGACAGCCAGAAGACUCUCAACCACCAUCGUGCUGCCAAACCCCAAAUGGUUUCAAAUGGUGUGGCGGCCCUCACACCGAUGAUGUCUGAUCGGCGACUGUGACCCCCCUCCCCCCCUCUGAAAAUUAGUGAAGAACACUGCGCUAGUCUUUAGUGCGAUGCGAGUUUUAGAUUAUUGUACUGUACUGCGGUUUUAAUUCGUAAAAUUAUAUACGGAUGGCUACGUCUUAAAAAAUGUUUAAGUAGCAUUUGUAGUUUAUGCCGUGUGCGUGUAUUUUUUUUUUAAACGAAACCGUAGCGUUUAGUUGCGCGAGACCGGUGAUGGAACGCCAGCCAAAGGAGGGAUCGCACCAUAGAGCAUGACCGCCACGGAGACGGAAGGAUGGCAACGGUUUUUUGUGAACGCCUUCAUCCAGCAGUGGAUCGAGCAUGGCUCAUGAUGUUGAUAAUAUAGAGGCCUUCACGCAGCGGGGGAUGAUAGAUCGUACCUCAACGGUGUUGGGGAGACCACGCAAGAGUGGAUAGAGCAAGGCUAGUGAUGUUGAUGAUGAUGGUGGUAGGUGAUGGUUAGUGUUGACAGAUUAUUAUUGCUGGGUAGAUUCCACGCUUGUAUCGGUGGGGCCCUGCAUGUACUGUCGUUGAAACCGAUAGGAACUUUUAAGUAGAAACGUCUAAGUAGGAGGUAAAUACAGAAUACGUGUGUAGAGGGGAGAACGGGGCUUGUGGUUCUUACGUUUGAGAAAUGUGACCGGUAAAUCGGGAAUAAAGUGUCGUCAACAACAAAAAAGUUGAAAACGAUGCAACC